GACUGCUUUUGUUCGUGACUCGUGAUUUUUUUUGUUUUUAAUUAUCAAAAAAAAAAACUGCCAACUAUUGCACAAUACACUAUUUCGCGAGUGCAUUAAAUUAUCAGGAUCAGUUGAUAUUACUACUGCAUUUAAUUUAAAUCGUUCCAUAAUCCAACAGCAAGUCUCAAAAUGUUGAAGAACAUGUUUGUUUCCAAGUCUACCUCAUUGGGAAUAGGUACUUUGGCACAAUUACGACACAUCAGCAUGCAGUCUGUCAAGUACUCCAAACCCCGUACGGCGAUCAUUAUGCUCAAUAUGGGUGGACCACAGAAUACCGAUCAAGUGCACGAUUAUUUGCACCGGAUCAUGACCGAUCGGGACAUGAUUCAGUUGCCGGUUCAAAGUAAACUAGGUCCUUGGAUUGCAAAGCGACGUACUCCUGAAGUACAGAAAAAGUACGCCGAGAUCGGUGGGGGUUCGCCGAUUUUCAAAUGGACUAACAUUCAGGGUGAACUGCUAUGCAAACAACUCGAUAAGGUGUCCCCUGAAACAGCACCACACAAACACUACGUUGCAUUUCGCUAUGUGACUCCACUGACAGAAGAUACCCUGAAGCAAGUGGAACAGGAUCAACCCGAGCGAGUUGUCCUGUUCUCGCAGUAUCCCCAAUACAGCUGUGCCACGUCCGGUUCCAGCUUCAAUGCCAUUUUCUCCCACUACAAAUCCAACAAGAAUGGGCUAGCCAACGCCAAGUGGAGCAUCAUCGAUCGCUGGGCAACGCAUCCCUUGCUGGCCAAGACGUUUGCCGAUAACAUUCGGAAGGAGCUGGCAAAAUUCUCUGAGGAUAAGCGGAAAGAUGUCAUCUUGCUCUUUUCGGCACAUUCUCUGCCACUGAAGGCGGUUAAUCGUGGCGAUGCGUACCCUUCCGAGGUUGGGGCUACCGUUCAAAACGUGAUGGGAGAACUGAAAUACUGCAACCCGUACUGUUUGGUAUGGCAAUCGAAGGUUGGUCCCCUACCCUGGUUGGAACCGUUCACCGACGAUGCCAUCAAGGGUUACGUCAAACAAGGUAAGAAGAAUUUCAUCCUCGUACCAAUCGCCUUUGUCAACGAGCAUAUCGAAACGCUGCACGAGUUGGACAUUGAAUAUUGCCAAGAGUUGGCUCACGAAGUAGGUGCGGAGAAGAUUGGCCGUGCGGCGGCACCCAACGAUCAUCCGCUGUUCAUCGAUGCCAUGACCGAUGUGGUGCAGAAUCACUUGAAGGAUGGAAACCGUGUGAAUCCGAAAUUUUUGCUCCGGUGCCCGGCUUGUGUGAACGCCAAGUGUUUGUCCAGUAAGCAGUGGUUCGGCGAAAUGUGCAAUUAGAGAGGAAGAUUGUUAUCGGGCGAAAUUGAAGU